GCUGCAGGAAGAAGCUCCGAACCAGAACUACAGAGUCCAUGUUGACAGCGACUGUGUUGUAUCACUGCGCUCCGCGGGAGGAAGUUCAGUUCUGUGCUACAUGGCUACUGCUGAAGGCGAACUGAACGCUCGACUUUCAGAAUCAUAUGUAACUGCUCGAAAUGAUUUUUUCCAUCGGAUUGUCAAAUGGUUCUACAAAGAUGCGACUCUGUCUAAGACGUCAGAACCCGAGUUUCAGACUCCUGACAUUGCAGUCCUCGUCUGUUUGCUGCAGACCAUUGGUUUCGAUUUACAUCACAUUGAGAGCCUCCCUGGUGGCUCGCCCGCCCAAAAACCUGGGCAGGAGCCCCGCACGUCUCUCAGUGUUAACAUCACGUGUGCACAAUCAGGACUGCAUGCGGUCUUGAGGUCAAGGUCAAGCACCGAAACAUCCGCAAUAAAUAGCAGUGACAGCACUACGAGACAGGCAAACAUUCAAGACACUGUCAUGGCAAGAUCUCUUCUGCCGGUUGUAGCACCGGGAACAGCCCGCGUCGCUAGAGAGGUUAUCUCACAGCUGAUGCAGCUCUUGUCUGGAGGUGAAGGGACUGCAACUCGCCCGCAGAACAGCUACAGCAACUGGACCUGCCCACAAACGACGCAACAACUAGAGAGAUCUCCGUGUCAACGUCAUCGAUCUCUCGAUGCCUUCUUUCCAGUCGAUUCUUCAACCACAAACACGAACGUACGGCCCCAGAGCCUACCCUUGACCUCUGGCCAGAUUAAAAUGGAGGCUGAAGAUGUUGCUGCUACAAUGUCUGCAUCUCACAAGGCAUUCCAUUCAUAUCCAACAAGUCCAGUGCUCGGUGGCAACUCGCUACCGAAGCCAGAGCUCAUUCGUCAGAAAACCUGGAGCAUUGGCAGUAUCCACGAUAUGGAGGACGCUCAAGCCGUAAUGUUGGGACCGCCCCUCACAUCCAGUCCUCUCCAGUCACAGCAAACCUUGCAGAGUUUGGAACAGCUGAACGUCGAGGGUAGAGAUCCAGAGGUUGCGGAGCGACUUCAUGAUGCCUGUGCAAAGAUACACGAAGCGCUGUCGAUACUCAACUUAAACCAGAAGAACAAAGCUCAGGAAACAAGCGCUUCUCAUGCAUCAAGAUCAAAAAUAAAACAAGUGGAAGCUGUUCCGAAACUUCGCCCCAGGAAGACAUCCAAGCCCACCUUAAAUGGCAGUGACAACAGUUCAUUCUCUGGAUCUCUCCAGCGUGCUAGCACAGUCAAGAGACAGCGUUCCCCAGCACCACGAACUCCUAUCCUUGGCCGAAAAGACAUGGCCACACCGAAACCAGUAAAACGUUCUGCUACAACUUUCACGCCUCUCAGAACGCCACAUGCUCCCAGGAAGACAAAAGAGAAUGAAGCCAGGGGCGGAAGUUUUAUGAAUAUUCCCGAAAUAACAGCGGGAAGCCCGAAUGUGUCCCAGCGUACUUCAAGCUCUGCGCCAGAUCCCCAAAUUAGAGAAACCAUUUCGCCUGCAGGAGCAAGUCUAAGACCACAUCUCUCCAGAAGGGCUUCAUCAUCUUUGCCAGCGUCAUGUAGGACUUCGAAUUUGACGAGUGCAUUCUCGACUCCGAAGCUUCGAGGAGUUCUAAAGAAGGCAACUUUAACCAGUGCAUUGCGCAUGCCCAGCACUUCUGCACCCAAUAUCUCUGGAACUUCCAAUGCGCCGAGAGAAGGCCCGAAGUCCGUGUUGCGGCCAAGUCUUCUCAAAGCUCCGUCCAUAAUAAAUCGAUUUAAAAAAUAAUGUAAUCGUUUAAAAUUAAUUAAAAUUCUUACUUCUCCAGAUAAUAUUUGGAAAAUAAUAUAGAGCAUAUGUCUUUUGUGCAUCAAGAAUACAUUGUUGUUAUUAAUACAAACAUAAAUAAAAUCGCUUUAAUGAUAUGCAUUCAAACUCCACAAUAAACUACAAAAUUAUGAUAUUUAUCUCAGAUAAUGAUUGUAAUUAUGGACGAUUGAACUGCUUUCGUGAUAUUUUUCUGGCAUCACCGCAAUGAAGUUUUGAACAUAGGUGGCAUCUUUCAUAUUCGUGCAAUAUAUGUACAGUACUUUUAUUUUCCAUUUGUUUGAGUUAUUUAAAAUAUAUGUAACAUAAUAAAAAGUAGCGAAUAAAUUGCCGUUUCUUGAAAAUAA